CAGUGACUUAUAAAUUAUUAGUUAAAAUGUAUUUCAAAUAUAUAGCAUUAGUUGCAGUAAUUAUCCAAUUGAUUGACUGUUCGCCAGUUAUUGAGACCAACUGUACAGCUGUUGAGUCAAUUGAUGGUAAUGUUGGUGUCGAGUGUGAGCCUAAAGAGACAAACAAUACCACUUUUGAACCGGUAGUUAUUCAACAGCAUUACGUCGAUUUGUUUGGCGGUCGGGCUAAGCGUGAUGUCAACAAUACGAUUAUACGGCCAACUAUUCGUGUGUCUGAACUCUUCAUACAGAACCUGGCGGUCAUGAAUGAGGCAAAUAUGAGUGAAUGUAUGGACAGAUUUAACUGCGAAGAAAAGUGUGAAUUAAUUGCUAAAGAAUUGGUCAAAGAAUCGCCGGAAGACACACAAGAGUUUGACGGUUUGGAGGAUUUGCCGCAAUAUGUCCGCAGCUUUUACGAGUCCGGACGUAAAGGCAUGGAAUUGGGACGAAACAAACGGUGCGAUGUUUGCAUGCAAUUACACUCCCAGUGCUCUGCUAUGCAAUACGAGUAUACCAUCCGAACCAAUAACUUAUACAAAGAGCUUAUUGAUAAAAAUGUGACUCUUUUUGAGGAAAACGCACCCAAAGGUGAUAUGCCUUCCGAUAUGAUAUAUUUGCAUCAAUCGAUGCGUUUUCUUGAUUUGGCAAACUUGAGUACAUGCUAUGCACGUGUCACGUGCGAAACUAUCUGUCAACAAACUAAGAUGAACCCCAACAAUGAGGCCCCGUCUGUGAAGUCACCGAUUCUGGAGAACGAUCCCAACAAACCCGCGAGUGUUGAUAUCAUACAUAGCGGAGCCAUUCUUGGCUAUACAUUAGCCUUUAAUGGAGUUUGUGAGACAUGUGGUAUCAAUUUUGCUGAUUGUCGAGAGGACAGGUAUGCAAUUGCCCGUAUGAGUGCCAUCAUCUUUAAUUAA